AUGAACGAGGGGGACUUAUUAACUACCAAGGAGCAGCAGAAGACGUUUGCGGCCAGCCCGUACUCAGACCCCAUCACGGUGAAGCUCCACAGCGGGAUGUCUCUCCAUGCUGAGGACCCAGAGAUGCUGUGGGUCAUGGGCCCUGUCCUGGCUGUUGUACUCAUCAUCAUCAUCGUCAUCGCCAUCCUGCUCUUCAAGAGGAAACGAGCAUCUCCCUCGGCCAAGGAUGAGCACUCUGCUGGGGUGAAGGACUCUCUGCUGGCCCACUCCUCUGAUCCUGUGGAGAUGAGACGACUCAACUAUCAGACACAAGGUUCCAGUGACCCCAGUUGCCCGAACACUCCAAGGAUGAGGGAGCACCCACUCAUCUCCACCACUGAUCUUGCUAACCACAUCGAGCGACUCAAGGCCAACGACGGACUCCGCUUCUCACAGGAGUAUGAGUCUGUAGACCCAGGCCAGCAGUUCACAUGGGAACACUCUAACCUGGAGGUGAACAAGCCAAAGAACCGAUAUGCAAACGUCAUCGCCUACGACCACUCCAGGGUCAUCCUCACCUCUGUCGACGGAGUGCCAGGUAGUGACUACAUCAACGCUAACUACAUAGACAGCUACAGGAAGCAGAACGCCUGCAUCGCUACACAGGGCCCGCUUCCUGAAACCCUGAGUGACUUCUGGAGGAUGGUGUGGGAGCAGAGGACCAACACUAUCGUCAUGAUGACCAGACUGGAGGAGAAGUCACGGGUGAAGUGUGACCAGUACUGGCCCAGUCGGGGUACAGAGACCUAUGGGAUGAUCCAGGUGACCAUGUUGGACACUGUGGAGCUGGCUACCUACAGCGUACGCACCUUCGCCCUCUAUAAGAAUGGCUCCAGCGAGAAGAGAGAGGUUCGUCAGUUCCAGUUCAUGGCCUGGCCGGACCAUGGAGUGCCUGAGUACCCCACCCCCACCCUGGCAUUCCUCCGCAGGGUCAAGGCCUGUAACCCCACAGAUGCAGGACCCAUGGUGGUCCACUGCAGUGCUGGUGUAGGUCGGACCGGUUGCUUCAUCGUGAUUGAGGCCAUGCUGGAGCGUAUGAAGCAUGAGAAGUCAGUGGAUAUCUACGGUCAUGUGACGUGUAUGAGAGCUCAGCGGAACUACAUGGUGCAGACGGAGGACCAGUAUGUCUUUAUCCACGAGGCCCUGCUAGAGGCAGCCACCUGCGGUAACACAGAGGUCCCUGCACGCAACCUGUACGCACACAUCCAGAAACUCACCCAGGUCACACCCGGAGACACGGUCACUGCCAUGGAGCUAGAGUUUAAGAAACUGGCCAACUCCAAAGCACAUACCUCAAGAUUCAUCAGUGCCAACCUGCCCUGUAACAAGUUCAAGAACCGGCUGGUGAACAUCAUGCCUUUUGAGUCCACUCGCGUGAGUCUGCAGCCUAUCAGAGGAGUGGAGGGCUCCGACUACAUCAAUGCCAGCUUCAUCGACGGAUACAGGCAGCAGAAGGCCUACAUGGCCACCCAGGGGCCGCUAGCAGAGACCACAGAGGACUUCUGGAGGAUGCUGUGGGAACACAACUCUACCAUCGUAGUCAUGCUUACUAAACUCAGAGAGAUGGGAAGAGAAAAGUGUCAUCAGUACUGGCCAGCUGAGCGUUCUGCCAGGUACCAGUACUUUGUAGUGGACCCCAUGGCUGAGUACAACAUGCCCCAGUACAUCCUCAGAGAGUUCAAGGUCACAGACGCCAGGGAUGGCCAGUCUAGGACCAUUCGGCAGUUCCAGUUCACUGAUUGGCCAGAACAAGGGGUGCCAAAAACUGGAGAGGGCUUCAUUGACUUCAUUGGUCAAGUGCAUAAAACCAAGGAGCAGUUUGGCCAGGAUGGACCAAUCUCUGCGCACUGCAGUGCUGGUGUUGGGCGGACUGGUGUGUUCAUCACCCUGAGUAUCGUGCUGGAGAGGAUGAGGUACGAGGGGGUGGUGGACCUCUUCCAGACUGUCAAGACACUGAGGACCCAGAGACCUGCCAUGGUGCAGACAGAGGACCAGUACCAGUUGUGCUACAGGGCAGCUCUAGAGUACCUUGGAAGCUUUGACCACUAUGCAACAUAGUAACCACUCCCAGAAUGCACUGGGACUCCUGGGGUUCAGGAGCGCCAGCCGUGUGUCCCUUCUGAGCUAUAUCCAUACUGUCCAGAAACUGCCGGAGGGGUGAGGGGAGAGGGGGAGGAAGAGAAGAAAAGGAGUGUGGAGGAGUGGGAGAAAUCACAAGUCUGACUGGAUGACCGUCAAUCAGGUGGAGCAGUACUCCUGGACUGACUGCACAAUAAACCUGCUUUAAAACCCUUCACUACUAAAAAAUAACCUAAAAAGCUUCAGUAUGUUUCAUUCUGAUGUCUCUAUAGCUAAUGCACAUGCCAUGAAAACACUAUUUCUGCCUCCUCCACCUGCUUAUAUGGCAAACUUUAUUUUUCUGCUAUUAUUAUGCAUUAAUAUCAUUACUAUUACCCAUUAUAUAUAUAUAUGUUAUUAUUAUUAUUAUUUAGAAUUUGUUUUAUAAUCAUUUAUACACUGGUUAAUGUAUGUCUUAUUGGGUCUUAUUUUAAAUUCAUUAUUUGUAUCUUUUUAUUAUUUUUUACACAAGGGACAUGUAUUUUAAACAUGCUCCGAGUUAUUAUUAAUACUGGAGACGUACGCAUACUCAGAGCUGCUAAUAAUAUUUUAAUUUUUUUACCAUAAUUAUAAUAUUCUAAAGUUCUCUAUUCUCUGGUUGGUCGUAUUCAGUGGGAUAUGGGGGACACAACUUUUAUAAGUGUUUUCACUUCCUGGUAUUUACAAAAACAAUCUCCACAAAAAGAGAUCAAACACAUAUACACCAGAUUUAGUGAACUACUAUAAAAUAAACCCAUCUAUGUUUAUAAAAACUGAAUAGAUUAUUCUUGAUGAUGUUUAAUGAAUAAUCUACCAUGUACAGAUUCUGUUUACUGUGAUUUUCUCAAUGCCUGUCGCUCCGGUCCAAACUCCAGACCCAAUGAAAUAAAUAAACAAAACUACCGGUACAUGAAAAGGUGUUUGUCCUGUUACAGCACCCUUAGUUGGCCAUGGGACUGAACCAAACCAUCACUCCCAAAAGACACAGAGGAACUGGACCCUAGCUCUGUCUGCUCUGAUCUGACAAGCUAGACCUGGUUUGGAGCAACAGAUAUACAGAACUUCACAUCAGACUAAUGUACAGCGCCCAACAACACCCCUCCUAUGAGAAGUGUUCGAGUGACCAGACAGACAGUUAUCCAUCCCUGUAUUUCUGAUUACCCUGCUGAUUCUGAACUACGAUCUAUGAAUUGGACAUGUCCAUCUGCAUACGACUGACCUAGUUCCCCAUGACUGGCCAUCCCUGUAGAAACCUCACAACAACCCAGAUGAACUUCUCUUCUGACUGUCACUGACUCUACAUCCAUUGUAUAACUGCUGUAAUAUACUGUAUUAUCUCCUCACUGUGCUACAGAAGGACAUUCUCCUGUAACACAAAGAAGCAGCAUCAAUGUACGGUGGAGGAUCUCUACAUUAUAGUCAAGCGUUUCUCUCUUAUGUGAGGCUAUAGGAUUGCAAAGUGAGGUGAAUUUGGAUUGAUUGGGCCCGGAUGGACGGACUGCAAAAACAAGGAUUUAUUUCACUUUGUCUUCAAAUAGUGCCGUAGGGGUUCAGUCUGUUGUAUACACAAUCUGUUUUCUAUUUGUUAAUAAAAAGGAGAGGGAAAAAAUGUUGCAAAAACCUUGAUGUUAAUAAAGUUGAAUAAUUGUUUUUUUUUUAUA